CAGGUAAAGUCUGCUAUCCAAAAUUGUUGACUUUGCUUAAUUGAGAUCUGAGAUGAACUGUUUCUCAAUAAUCUUCUAAACUAAAUGGUGAGAAUCAGUGGUAGGCCCAUACGACCUGAAAGAUUCCAAAUUCGAUUUCCUGAUGUCAGCGUUACUUCCUAUAACUCCGUUCAUUGGGGCAGCUGUAAAGAUCAAACCGUUACCGUCCAUUCCUAUGAGUUAGCCAUUGAAAGAUUGACAGGGUCCCGAUCUAUGUUCGUAAACCCUAUUUGGGAAUGUACAGAUCUCCAGUGGACAUAGCUGCAGUGCCUCAAUGGUUGCAUUUAUGGGCACAAUCUGAUUUGCUCCGAUGUUUCCAUGGUGAAAUAGUGAGCUGACACUAAAUUUCACGCAUGCCUCAUGUUUGUGAAUGAUACCGCAGUACAGUACUUGAAACUGGGGGAUAUUUAAUGUUGACAACGCCAAACAACAGAAAAUGUACACGCUCUUAAUUAUGAGCUGGUCUUCGAAACAGGCUGAAGGGAGGCAACAAAAGGUGGACUUCAAUUCAGGCUCUUAGCUUUACAACAGGAUUGUGUAUCAGUUACUAAACUUGAAAGCUCAUUUUGUUUUGCAGUGAGAAGAUGCCUUUCAGUAAUGAGAAACAUUCCAUGAAUGAUGAAUCAUUGAGCAGUGACACUGACUCUUGUGAACGGUCAGAUAGUGUCAACUCCUCCAGUGAUUAUGAAUAUGCUCGACAAAGUUUCAGUAGUGAUUCUUCUAGCAAACCCAGCUCUCCAGCCUCAAGUCCUCCUAAAAUGGUUUCUUUUGAUGUCCUGAUGGAGACUGCAAAAGGGUUGUCAAAUAUGACUCUGGCUCAUGAAAUAGUCAUGAAUAGCAACUUUCAGAUGAAGCAAAUUGAUCUUCCUCCUCAAAGUUUACAAAGAAAAGUGAAAGAAAUAGUUCACAAAGCAUUCUGGGACUCUCUGGAAGCUCAGUUGAACCAGGAUCCACCUGAAUACCAUCACGCCCUUGUGCUUUUGGGAGAAAUUAAAGAGAUUCUCCUCUCAUUUCUGAUACCUGGCCAAAACAGACUUCGUAACCAGAUCUCCGAGGUCCUAGACUUGGAUCUAAUCAAACAGCAGGCUGAGCACAAUGCAAUUGACAUCCAUAAACUGGCUGCUUAUAUAAUUACACUAAUGGGAAAAUUCUGUGCUCCAGUUCGUGAUGAUGAUGUCAAAAAAUUGAAAUCAGUUACUGAGAUUGUUCCAUUGUUCAGGGAAAUAUUUCAUGUCCUUGAUUUGAUGACUAUGGAUAUGGUCAACUUCACCAUUCAAAAUAUCCGACCACACAUCCAGCAAUGUUCAGUUGAUUAUGAACGAAGCAAGUUCCAGGAUUUUCUGAAUAAACAACCCAAUGCUCUUGAUUAUACAACUCAGUGGCUAAAGGAGUCUGUUACUGAAGUAUCAGCAUCUGUGACCUCCUCAGACACAUCACCUUCUGAUACUGAUGGGAAUGCCGGUCUUCCCCUCAGUCCAUCGUCUGUGUUAAACAAUGGUUAUUUGAAAUUGUUGCAGUGGGACUACGACAAUAGGCCCUUACCUGAGACUCUGAUGACUGACCGAUCACGUCUCCAAGAGCUGCAACAAAGACUGAACCUACAAAGGCUUGUGGCCUAUAUAAUGUUGAUCAUCUACAACAUGGUAGGGGCAACCAUUUCAGGACUACCUGAGUUUGCAGACAAAUUAAAGCGAGUUAUCGUGGUUCUACUUGAGGGCAUGCAUGACAAAAAUUUCAAUCUUGAAGAAACACUGAAGACCAUAAGUGUAAAGAUUUGUUCUGAAAUAAACCAAUCCUUGACAGAAAGGGGUUACUCUGUGCUUACAGAUGAAAAUCAGACAAAUCUUACCGGCCAGAUCUGCAGCAUUGCAGAACAAAGCAACCCUGUCCGUACCUUGAUCAAUAACCGGAUUGAACAGUACGUAGGAAAUUUGCUCAGCAUACCAAAUCUGCAGAAGACUGUUUCAGUUGUUCCAGGAGGUCUUGCACCUAUUCAAGCUGAACUUGAGGAGAUUGGAUCCCAAUACGUCUGUAUUAUUAAAUACAAUGUACAGGUGUAUGGGCCAUUUUACUCUGGCAUUCUGCGAAAACUUCUAUUCAAUAACCUAGCAUCGGCAGGUACCACAGCAUCACAUUCUCCUUGAGUGUACAAGGUUAAUAAAAGGGAGCACACAUGGUUCUGGUUUGUAGCGUUUUUUUUUGUAUUGCAUCUUUGUAUGUUGACUGUGUAGAAUAGUCUGCUCGUCACUCAAAUCUAUUUGGAUAAUUGCAUACGUUUAAAAAAAUGUUACUGUGCUGAUGCAAAACCACACAAUUAUAUGAAGUUAUUUAAUAUCACUUGAAGCUAAAUUUAUAAUGCAUUUUUACUAAAUAAUUGUGGCCUGCUCAGUUUUUUUUAAAUUGGCCAUCAGUUUUAAUUCUCCUAAUUUCUGAAAUAAAUUUUAAGGGAAUUAUACAAUAGCUUAGUAUUUUUGUAUUAAGUGCAAAUCAAACCAUUUUUAAAACAAAAACAUGAAUACUUUUAUACAAGUUGCCAACCAUAAGAUAUAGCUUGCAAAGACUGAAGAAAGAACCAAUGAUUUCCACUUUAGAGGAGCUGAGGAACUUGAUAUCUGCAGCAACACCUUAUUUAUUCAUUGGCCCUCAGCCUAAUAUUUUGCUGUUCACUUGUCUGUAUUUCAGUUUAAUGGUGCUUGAGGAGCAAUUCAUGGAUUUUACAAUCAGUAGAAACGUGAAGAUAGCUUCAACAUAAAAUUGUUUCAAAAUGUAGAACUAAUUGUUGUUUUUUUAUAUGCAUUAUAUCUGUAUGUUUAGUCUGGUUUUACUGUAUAAACUUUUAUUUUGUGAAUGUAGUUUUGUAGUUCCACUUGUUUGGAACAAGGUUGGUGAUGCCAAUUUACAACAGAUGGUUCACUACUCACACUUGGUGUAGAUGAUAAAUUUUCUUCAUUAGAAGAGAUUUAAUCUGUGCAUGCUUUUUAAAAUUUUGUUUGACAUGAGACCUAAGCUUGUUGGAACAGUGUUGCAGAGCUGUACUUGUUAAUCUUAUUUCUGCUACAGACUGCUGUCACACUGGUGCUAAGUUUACUGUUAAUUGACAUGACCAGUCUGUUUUUAAAAUCAAACAGUUGUAUUCUUGUUUUGUUUUACAAUAGUAGGUUUGUGGCCACUAACUUGCAAAUUUUAGGUACUGAAGUACUGUACAUUUUGUGAGGAACUAGUAACAUUGGCUAUUAUUAAUCCAUGACUUUUCUUGUGCAGAAUUUCCCCACCAAAGCAAAAUGUGUCUUAGUCAUCACUCCAUCCCAACUCUCCAGAUGUUCACUAAACACCUGAAGUUCACUUAUUUGUGGCCUUUGUUUUUUCAGUAAUAGUUAGAGGAUUCAUGUCUAAAAUUAUUCACAGCUUUUUCUUUUCCUUUAGAAAUUACAGCUCAAUUCAGCAUCUACCUAUUCGGUGUAAGAUAGCUUUUCAUCCUUACUGCCUAGAAAUUAAACCACAGAUUGAUGGCAUGCAGAGAGAAAACAUGAGUGUGCAUAAUUGCAUGCUUUAACUGGAGCAAAAUAAUUCAAUUAGAACAGAUUAAGAUGGAAUCUAUUGUGGGCAUACCUUGUAACCAUAUUUUUUUUCUUCAACCCUAAAUCUGUGCCAUUAUUUCUUGAACUGAACAGAAUUUAAGAAACAUUACUAGCUUUCAUUGUAUGAAAGAAACAAUAGAAAUGGCUGAAAUUAUCCUUUAUUAUACCACAAUUCAGAACCGGCAAUCACCCCAUACAGCAUUUAUUAGUUACUAUACUGGCAUCCAUUUGACGCUGAGGUAGGUGCAAACCCCUGGACAAUUAUAUUAAUUUAAACUAGUAGGAUGGAUACCUAGAAAUGUAACAAUCUGAAGGACACUUGUGGAGGAAAAAAGUUGGUAAUUGUCAGAUUGAAAGCAAUUAAAGAAUUUCCAAAAUGGGAUGGAAAGUGAACGUGCUGUUAUUCUAUUUGCUGUACUUCAAGUCUCACCUUUGUUCUCCAUUGUUGACGAACAGUGUAUAAAAAUGUAUAUUAAGUAUGAAGUUU